AUGGCCGGGCCCGGCGGCGCGGGGGGCCUGCCCGGGGGCGCGCGGCCCAAGGUGGCCCCCAGCGUGGACUUCGACCACAGCUGCUCGGACAGCGUGGAGUACCUCACCCUCAACUUCGGGCCCUUCGAGACGGUGCACCGCUGGCGCAGGCUCCCGCCCUGCGACGAGUUCGUGGGGGCCCGGCGCAGCAAGCACACGGUUGUGGCCUACAAAGACGCCAUCUACGUGUUUGGAGGCGACAAUGGGAAGACCAUGCUGAACGACCUGCUGCGAUUUGACGUGAAAGACUGCUCGUGGUGCAGGGCCUUCACCACGGGGACCCCGCCGGCCCCCCGCUACCACCAUUCGGCCGUCGUGUACGGGAGCAGCAUGUUUGUGUUUGGGGGCUAUACUGGGGACAUUUACUCCAACUCCAACUUGAAGAACAAGAACGAUCUGUUUGAGUACAAGUUUGCCACCGGCCAGUGGACCGAGUGGAAGAUCGAAGGCAGAUUGCCGGUGGCGAGGUCGGCCCACGGCGCCACCGUGUACAGCGACAAGCUGUGGAUCUUCGCCGGGUACGACGGGAACGCACGGCUGAACGACAUGUGGACGAUCGGCCUCCAGGACAGAGACGUGACGUGCUGGGAGGAGAUCGAGCAGAGCGGCGAGAUCCCGCCUUCCUGCUGCAACUUCCCCGUGGCCGUCUGCCGGGACAAGAUGUUCGUCUUCUCCGGACAGAGCGGGGCCAAGAUCACCAACAACCUCUUUCAGUUCGAGUUCAAGGAUCGAGUCUGGACCCGAAUUCCAACGGAGCACCUGCUCCGAGGCUCGCCGCCCCCUCCCCAGCGGCGUUACGGGCACACCAUGGUCGCCUUCGACCGCCACCUCUACGUGUUCGGGGGCGCCGCCGACAACACGCUGCCCAACGAGCUCCACUGCUACGACGUGGACUUCCAGACGUGGGAGGUGAUCCAGCCCAGCCCAGACAGCGAGGUUUCCAACGCGGAGAUGCCCGAGAGAGCGUCCGCUCCAGAGGAGGUGGCCCCCCUCCCCGCCGAGGAGCGAGGCUUCAAGAAAUCUCGGGACGUCUUCGGCCUGGACUUCGGCGUGACCACGGCCAGGCAGCCGCCCCUGCCAGCCUCGGAGCUUCCCAGUGGGCGCCUGUUCCACGCGGCGGCGGUCAUCUCUGACGCCAUGUACAUAUUCGGCGGCACCGUGGACAACAACAUCCGCAGCGGCGAGAUGUACCGCUUCCAGUUUUCAUGCUACCCCAAGUGCACGCUGCAUGAGGAUUAUGGCCGGCUGUGGGAGAGCUCUCAGUUCAGUGACCUGGAGUUCAUCCUCGGAGAGAAGGAGGAGCGCGUCCGGGGACACGUCGCUAUCGUCACGGCCCGAUGCAAGUGGCUGCGAAACAAAAUCAUGCAGGCCCGGGACCGGCUGCGCCAGAAAUGCAAGCAGGAGGCCGAGGAGGCCGAGGGGCCGCCCACCAGGGACGGGAUGCCGGGGGCCGGCGGCCCCAGGCCGGCCCGGCGCCAGGCCCCGCUGGAGGUGACCAUCCGGGAGGCGGCGGCCGAGCCGUUCGCGGUGCUCAUGCAGUUCCUCUACACCGACAAGAUCAAAUACCCGCGCAAAGGGCACGUGCAGGACGUGCUGCUCAUCAUGGAUGUAUACAAGUUGGCGCUGAGCUUCAAGCUGGCACGCCUGGAGCAGCUGUGCCUGCAGUACAUCGAAGCGUCCGUGGACCUGCAGAACGUGCUGUCCGUGUGCGAGAACGCCGACAAGCUGCAGCUCGACCAGCUCAAGGAGCACUGCCUGAAUUUCGUGGUGAAGGAGACCCACUUCAACCAGGUGAUCAUGAUGAAGGAGUUCGAGCGGCUCUCCUCCUCGCUGAUCGUGGAGAUCGUGCGGAGAAAGCAGCAGCCGCCGGCCCGGACCCACUCGGAUCAGCAGGUGGACAUAGGGACCUCCUUGGUCCAAGACAUGAAGGCCUGCCUGGAGGGCAUGGGGCUGGACUUCUGCGACAUCACCCUGCUCCUGGACGGCCACCCCAGGCCGGCCCACAAGGCCAUCCUCGCCGCCCGCUCCAGCUACUUUGAGGCCAUGUUCCGGUCCUUCAUGCCCGAGGACGGCCAGGUGAACAUCUCCAUCGGCGAGAUGGUGCCCAGCCAGCAGGCCUUCGAGUCCAUGCUGCGCUACAUGUACUACGGGGAGGUCAACAUGCCGCCCGAGGACUCCCUCUACCUCUUUGCCGCCCCUUAUUACUACGGCUUCUAUAACAACCGGCUGCAGGCCUACUGCAAGCAGAACCUGGAGAUGAACGUCACCGUGGACAACGUGCUGCAGAUCCUGGAGGCGGCGGACAAGACACAGGCCCUGGAUAUGAAGCGCCACUGUCUCCACAUCAUCGUCCACCAGUUCACCAAGGUGUCCAAGCUGCCCACCCUGCGUGCGCUGAGCCAGGCUCUCCUCCUAGACAUCAUAGAGUCGCUGGCCACCCACAUAUCGGACAAGCAGUGUGCCGAGCUGGGGGCCGACAUCUGACCCGAG